AAGAAAUACAUGGGUUUGAUUGCAGUUGCAAGUGGAGUCAAAGCUAGAAUUGUGUUUGAAUAUAUAGGGAGUGUCUCUUUGCGAAGUUAAGUGUUUUUUUGCAGAUGAAUAUAUCACCUCCAACCCCGAAUUCAAUUAACAAUGAUUCCCAGAAAAUUGUUAAGUUAACUAACAAAAGUAAUAAAACCAACAAUCCAAACAAGAUCAGCAGGAUCAGUAAACUCGGCAGUAAGAGCAAUGUGUUGCCAAAGAAUGGUAAGUCCAAGUCUUUGAGUGGUGAAGAAAAGAAAAAAGCUAGGGCAGAAAGAGCGAAGCUCUGGUUGAAGAAGAAGAAAGAACAAGAACAGCAAAAGAAAACAGUCCGAACAAAUGAUCCAAAUCUUAAGAAUAUUAAUGUUACUAAAACUGUUGAUAACUUGUCUGAUACUAAGAUCCAAAUUGAAGACACACACCAUGUAAUUAAUGAAAAUACUGAUGGGAAAAAAAUUGCGAAAAUUGGUAAAACAAGUGGGACUAAAAAAAUCGACAAACACAUUCAUGAAAUGCUGAAUAAUCAUUUAAUAAAAAGACCUCAUUUAGAUCAGAUAAAGUCGGCUAAUAAUGAUAAUAACAGUAUGAAAAAAACGAUUUUAAAAAAACCAACUAAGAUAAUUAAAAAAACAAUUUUAGUAAAAAAGCCUUUAAUUAAAAAAUUAUCAGCAUUUGACAUUGAUAAUGACUCUAAUUCUACUAAAAUUACUAAAAUUACUAAAAUUACUAAAAUUAUUAAACCCAAUAUUAACACUAAUAAUAAAAUUAACUCAAUUUUUAAUAUUGAUGAAAAAAAUUCAACUAAGAAUCGCAAUGGAAAAGUUGCAAAUAAAAACAAACAAGGUGAUAAACAGAACGGAAAAUAUGAUAACAAACAUAUUGAAAAGGAAGAAGAGGACGACCCCUUGGAUAAAUUUAUGUCAAAUUUGUCUCAACCUCAAAACCAAAAUCAACCUCAACCUCAACCUCAACCUCAACUCCAAAAUCAAAACCAAGACAAGGAUAAAGACAUAAAAAUGAACGAAUUGGUUGAUGAUGAUGAAAAUAGGAAAGAUAUAAUAAUGAGUGAAGGUAAUGAAUUUAAUAGUGAAAAAAUGAAUAAAAAUUCAAUAAAUGGUAAUAAUAAUUUAAAUAAUAUCAUUGAUAAUCAAUUUGAAAGCGAAAGUGACACUAAUAUAUCCUCUAUUAAUAAUCAAAGAUUCGAUCUUGAUGACGAUACCUCAACUAAUAAUAAUAAUUCUCCACAAGAUUUAUUAAAUUCCCUAGAGAAGAAAAAUAAAAAAGAAGUGACUAGAGUUGAUCAUUCAAAAAUCAAUUAUGAGCCCUUUAGGAAGAAUUUCUACAAUUCCAACAAUAUUAAUAAUCAAUUAUCUGAUAUUGAACUAAAGAAUUUGAGAUUAAAAUUGGAUAAUAUUAAGAUUAAAGGAAAAAAUUGUCCCAAUCCAAUAUUAAAAUGGUCUCAAUUAGGUUUACCAUCAAAUAUAAUGACUAUUUUAAUUAGUGAUUUAAAAUUUGAUAAACCCUCUCCAAUUCAAUCUCAAUCUCUACCCGCAAUAAUGUCAGGUAGAGAUGUAAUUGGUAUUGCAAACACUGGAUCAGGAAAGACUUUAUCAUUUUUAUUGCCUUUGUUCAGACAUAUUAAAGAUCAACGACCAUUAAAGAAGAAUGAAGGACCAAUAUCAUUGAUUUUAACUCCAACAAGAGAGUUAGCUUUACAAAUUAAAAAAGAGAUUACAAAAUUUAAUACGUCUAUAUCUUCAUUAAGAGUUUGUUGUGCAUAUGGCGGUGCACCGAUAAAAGAUCAAAUUGCUGAAUUAAAGAAAAAAUGUGAAAUUUUGAUUGGAACGCCAGGUAGAAUUAUUGAUUUAUUGGUAGCAAAUAGUGGUCGAGUUUUAAAUUUAAAGCGAGUAACUUAUUUAGUAUUAGAUGAAGCAGAUCGAUUAUAUGAUUCAGGAUUUGAACCUCAAAUUCAAAAAAUUAUUCAACAAGUUAGACCGGAUAGACAAACCAUUUUAUUCUCUGCGACGUUUCCACCGAAGAUGGAAGCGUUAGCUAAAAGAAUUUUAAACAGACCAAUUGAAAUAACUGUCGGUGGAAAAAGUUCAGUUGGAGCAGAGAUUGAACAGGUUAUUGAAAUCUUUAAAGAAAAGGAUAAUAGCAAUAAUAAUAAUUCAAAUUUGUCAGUAUCAGAACAGAAAUUUUUCAAGUUAUUAGAGAUUAUCGGAAACUAUAAAAAUGAAGAUUCCAAUGGUAAAAUAUUAAUCUUUGUGGAAAGACAAGAUUAUUGCGAUUUAUUAUUAAAUAAGUUAUCUGCAAAGGGAUAUGAAAAGGAUCUUUUAACAUUACACGGUGGUAAGAAUCAGGCCGAUAGAGAUAACACGAUAUUGGACUUUAAGAAAGAUAAUCUAAAGAAAAACAUAUUAAUUGCAACAUCUGUUGCAGCUAGAGGAUUAGAUGUGAAUAACUUGAGAUUGGUUAUAAAUUAUGAUGCACCUAAUCAUAUGGAAGAUUAUGUUCAUAGAGUGGGUAGGACAGGUAGAGCAGGCAAUAUAGGAAAGGCCAUAACAUUUAUUGUUGAUACCCAGGAAAGAAUUGCUAACGAUAUAUUGAAAGCGAUGAAAUUGAGUAAGAUUUCAGAAGAGAAGAUUCCUGCAGAAUUGAUCAAAAUCUCUAAAAAUUUCACAGAGAAACUUAAUAAUGGUAAAGAAAAGAAAUAUGUGUUGGCAGGAUUCACAGGCCAUGGUUUGGAAAAACUUGAGGAAAAAAGAGAUUUAACGAGAAAAUUGGAAAGAAAGACGUUUGCGGGAAAUGAUAAUGACAAUGAAGGUAAUGGUGAUGGUAAAGGUAGUGGAAACGACAACGAAAACGAUAAGGUGACUAUCAAUGCCAGAGCACAGUUGGCCAAAUUAUCUGAUUUUGAGGUGCAUGAAGGACGUGCUACUGAUUCUCCAGAUUCAGGAGCAUUUCACUCUAAGAUCAACGUCAACGACUUGCCGCAAAAGGCUCGUUGGAUUGUCACCAAUCGAGAAAAUCUUGCCAAAGUGAUCGAAGAGACUGGGACAUCGAUAACCACCAAGGGCAAGUUUUACAAUAAGAACGAGGCACCGAAGAAGGACACAGACGAGCCCAAGUUGUACUUGCUUGUCGAGGGCGAUACAAACUACCAGGUGCUAGCUGCUGUUGGGUUGAUAAAGAACCUGAUGAUGGAGGGAAUCAAGGUCGCGAUGAACGAGGAGAGCAAAAAGGGAGGACGAUACACUGUCACAUAAGCCAACUACAUAAACUACAUAAAUACGACAAUACAUGCCACCAAGAGUCGAACAUUUUAGC